CCAUCAUCAUCAUCAGCAUCAACAUGAUUCACAGCAUCAGGAUCCAAAGCUGGCUACGAUCUAUACAAGACAGCGAUAUUGAAGCAGAACGUCCUAGCAAACGUCUAUGCCACCGUAACUCUCUUGAAUCCGACAUCCCUUCCGACCCUCUGCCUACUUCUCAACCCAGCAACCCAGCGCUUGGGACCCCCCCAUUGACCGAGGCUGAACACAUGCCUCAAGUAGCACUUCAUAGCAAAAGGACCGCAGACGACUCAAAUUGCGUAGACAGCCGUUCCGAAGCCAUCGCAUCAGACGUUGAGAAAACACCCAAGGCACGCAAGAUUCUCAUUCCCGUACCCAGACGUCCGCGAACGCGAUCGCGCAGCCCCACGAAGUCAAGGACAGGCCUGCAUCUCCUCGAAAAACCCGUCAUUGUCGAUACCACAUGCGCAUUACCGUCUGAUGUCGAGACCUUGCAUUCCGACAUCCAAAAUGCGGUUGAGUUCAAACAGGGCAUCCUUCCUAAUGACGUGCCAAAUCCGAUAGAGUGGUUAGGCAGACUACCCCCGUCUCAUUGCUUUCGCGUCCCCGAGCCAGUUCCCAAUGUGUCUUCCAGAGCCAAAGAAAUACAUGUUGCCUUGUGUCGCAUCCGAAGAGCGGCCCUGAGUUCAGCACAGUACCAGCGCCACGAACAGGCAUGGAAUAACAUGGUGCACACACCACUACUCGAGCUUGUCUUCCGGUCAGACAAUGAGACAGAUAGGGAGGAUACCCAACAUGCCCAUGCCAUCGUUGCCUAUGAGCCAAUGAUGACUGCGACGAUUGCGGGGGAUUCAAUUCCUCUAUUCUCCGGCGCAGGUCUUGCCUGCUCUGUGUCGGCGAGCAGCGUAGGCGACAGUUCGGUCGAUGACAGUAUCGAAGUAACCCAGGUUCACAGUAGUAGCAGCAGUAAGAAAGUUGACUACGCCUUGGUUCUUCGCCUGCCCGAUGACUCAACCCUGUCUAAGCUUAUCCGUAGCCUUGUGAAUGAUGUCGCGAUCCGGGAUGGGGAGUCCGCACCACAUAUUAACCAGACUACGUAUUUGCCCGUGACGUAUUCGCCCAUUGCUGUCUCUAUUGAGACCAAACCGCAAUUUUCGUCUCAAGACCCCUUGAUACAGCUUGGCUUAUGGACUGCUGCGUGGCAUAAGCGGAUGUCCUACCUUCGUAGUCAGCUGGACUGGUCUACUACUGCAGCGCCGCAACGGUUGGUGUCGUUGCCCCUCAUCCAGGUUGUUGGUCACCACUGGCAUAUGUAUUUCGCGUGCGACUUGGGCAGCUCUAUCAUGCUGCACGGUCCGGUGAGUCUUGGAUCGACGGAAAGCCUAAUGUCCAUGUAUACAUUGCUUACAUCUCUGGGGGCUGUGAAGUCAUGGAUAGAGACACAGUUCUCAACUAGCAUAGCUGCGUGGUUUGGUCUUUCAUAAGGAUAUAUAUAGUCACGUUGGAUAGCGAGCAUUACUUUUUAGUACAACUUUAUCUGAUACAAUGCUUCCCAGUG